UGAAAAGAAAACCUGAUUCCAGCUCUUCAUCUGCACCAGAAGUAGUUCCAAAUAGAGGGAAGCAAGUAUUGGAGGGUACAAGUUGCCUUAAAGGUAGCAAAGAAGGAGAGCAGCAAUCUUGUCAGGAGCAAGGAGAUCACAGUGGCAACCCAACCACAAGCCUCCUUUGCAAUUCAGGCACUAGUCAACAAACACAAAACCCAAAAAUUGGUUUGAAACCAAGUUCUGGAGAAGAUCACGCUAAGGAAUCCCAAGUUAAAAAGGUUAGGAGAUAUGCUGAAAGUAAAAACUCCUCAGAGUCUGGUUUUGAAUCUACUGUCGAGGAUGCAUCUGGUGUUGAUGACAACACCGAGCAUUCAACAGGAAAAACUGAAGAAGCAGCUAGUCGCAGUAUGGGAAUGGAACGCUAUUUGCAAAAUUCCUCAAUGGACCCUUCAGAAGGAUCAAGCUUGGAAGAAAUCUUUCCACAAAGGAUUGCCACUGAUGAUCAGGGGAGCUUGUCUGACAGAGAGGUCAACGAAAUCUAUCAAGAUGUCCUGGGAAUCUCCAUUUUUGAGCCAGUGAUAAUAAGACUUUGCCCCAAAGAAGGCCCCAUAACGGGUGGUACAGAGUUUCUUAUUUGCCUAAAUGUAAAUGGUAUUCCAGAAAAUGUCGCAUCACUGAGAGCUCUAUUUAAGGGAGUUGGAUUUGCAGACUUAAAACCAGUUAUUGAAGGUGUCUACGCUGGGCGUAGCCCAGCCUCUGAAAUUCUUGGGAAGGUCGCCGUUACCGUGGGUUCUCCAGAUGGUACCUGGAACUCGCUCGAUGAAACGGAAUUCGAAUACCAUCGGAAUGUUACUCAAGAGCUCCAAAAACUGAUUAGUAAAAUGCCUGACACAAAGAGAAACAUACCACUGGACUACCAAACGUUAAAUCCUUCCCUUUCAGCAGGAACAGUGUGCAGUCCGUCUUCCUCCUUGUCUGUGGUGGAUAAACCAUUGAUGGCAGAUGAGAGCAUGGAAAGUGAUGACGAUCAAAGCAGCUACUUCGCGGACGAUGAGACAUCAAUUUGUCAGUCACCGUCAGCCAGUGAAUUUUCAAUUGAGGAUGAGUGCAUUAAAUCAAAAUGUGAGCUUCCACUUUUACUUGCAAUUCAGUAG